GUAAACCAAAACAAAACAGUGUGUUUCGAUAAAUAUUUUUGUAAAUAUUAGUUUCUCAAGUUAAAGACAUCAAUAAAACAAAUAAUUGUACCAUGAUCGACACUACUGAAGUCGGUGACAGUGAAAUAACAGAAGAACAAGCUGCUGGAGCGGCACUUCGAGAAUUAUUUCUGAAAGCAAUUGGGGAACUUAAUGGUAAACCUUGCAGUAUACUGACAUAUGAAAAGACGACAUUGAAUGCUAUAUUUGCUGCAUGGCAUCCAGAUGGUUCAGAGAUCAUAGUCCGUGAUCUGCAGACACCAGCAUGCUUCACAAUGUCUACAGCACUGCUCAGAACUCCAGAUGUAUUAGCUAUUAAAUUUGAUCAACCUGUUGAACUACCAUAAUAAUUAUAUUUAAGUAUAUUAUUAUGUAUCAUAAAAACAUAGCUCUAUUUUUGUUUGACAUUUCGUUUAUCUUGAUUAGAGUAUCUAAGGCUUCCAAUUAGGAAAUACCAGUCAAUAAAUUGGUAUUGUUUAAUUGGAU